AUGUCUUGGGCAAACCAAGGAAUGCAAGCGCUGAUCCCAGUGAUCAAUCGCGUCCAGGACGCGUUCUCCCAAUUGGGCACCAGUGUCAACUUUGAACUCCCCCAAAUUGCUGUCGUUGGAGGUCAAUCUGCCGGAAAAUCAUCGGUUCUUGAGAAUUUUGUUGGAAAAGACUUUCUACCAAGAGGUUCUGGCAUUGUUACAAGACGUCCUCUCAUAUUGCAAUUGAUUCAAGAUCGCAAUGAGUACGCAGAGUUUUUGCACAAGAAAGGACAUCGUUUCACUGAUUUCGAUCAAGUUCGCAAGGAGAUCGAGGAGGAGACUGAUCGUGUCACCGGCCAUAAUAAGGGAAUCAGUCCGCAUCCCAUCAAUCUGCGCGUCUUCUCGCCAAAUGUGCUCAACUUGACGUUGAUUGAUUUGCCGGGUCUCACCAAAGUUCCCGUCGGUGACCAGCCAGCGGAUAUUGAGCAGCAGAUUCGUGAAAUGCUUCUCACAUUUAUUUCGCGCGAAACAUGCUUGAUUCUUGCCGUCACACCGGCUAACAGUGAUCUCGCCACUUCCGACGCGUUGAAAUUGGCCAAGGAAGUUGAUCCGCAAGGACUUCGUACAAUCGGUGUUCUCACCAAACUUGAUCUUAUGGACGAAGGAACCGAUGCACGCGAGAUCUUGGAGAAUCGUCUAUUCCCGCUUCGUCGUGGAUAUGUCGGAGUUGUCAAUCGAAGUCAGAAAGACAUUGUCGGGCAGAAGGACAUCAAGGCUGCUCUUGAAGCUGAAAGACGAUUCUUCUUGUCGCAUCCGGCCUAUCGUCACAUGGCUGAUCGCCUUGGAACUACCUACCUUCAACACACUUUGAAUCAACAGCUCACCAACCAUAUUCGCGACACUCUUCCGACGCUUCGUGAUAGUUUACAGAAAAAGCUGUUUGCCAUGGAGAAAGAUGUCGCGGAAUUCAAAAAUUUCCAGCCAAAUGAUCCUGGAAGAAAAACGAAAGCCCUUCUACAAAUGGUACAGCAGUUCAAUGCCGAUAUUGAACGAUCGAUUGAAGGCUCUUCGGCGAAGCUCGUCUCCACGAACGAAUUGAGCGGUGGUGCGCGCAUCAAACGUCUAUUCCAUGAGAGAUUUCCAUUUGAAAUUGUCAAAAUGGAAAUUGAUGAGAAGGAAAUGCGCAAAGAGAUUCAAUUUGCUAUUCGAAACAUUCAUGGUAUCAGAGUUGGACUCUUCACUCCCGAUAUGGCGUUCGAAGCGAUUGCCAAGAAGCAGAUUGCUCGUCUCAAAGAGCCGUCGCUUAAAUGUGUCGAUUUGGUCGUCAAUGAGUUGGCGAAUGUUAUAAGACAGUGUGCCGAUAGCAUGGCCAGAUACCCCAGACUUCGCGAUGAGCUUGAGAGAAUCGUCGUAUCCAACAUGCGCGAGCGCGAGCAGCUCGCGAAACAACAGAUUGCACUUAUCGUUGAUUAUGAGCUCGCCUACAUGAACACUAACCAUGAGGACUUUAUUGGAUUCAGCAACGCUGAAGCUAAAGCGUCUCAAGGACAGACAACCAAGAAGAAUCUUGGCAAUCAAGUCAUUCGCAAAGGAUGGUUAUCGGUCAGCAAUAUCUCGUUUGUUCGUGGAUCAAAAGAUUGCUGGUUUGUGCUGAUGUCGGAUAGUUUGAGCUGGUACAAAGACGAUGAAGAGAAGGAAAAGAAGUACAUGCUCCCAUUGGAUGGAAUCAAGCUUCGAGACAUUGAAAGUGGCUUCAUGUCGCGUCAGCAUAAAUUUGCGCUCUUCUACCCGGAUGGAAAGAACAUCUACAAGGAUUACAAGCAGCUUGAACUUGGAUGCAAUAAUCUCGACGAGGUCGACGCAUGGAAGGCAUCGUUCCUUCGUGCUGGUGUCUACCCAGAAAAGCAAAAAGCUCCUGAAGAUGAAGCGGUUCCGGAUGUUGAAGAGACAUCAAUGGAUCCGCAACUUGAGCGUCAAGUAGAGACUAUUAGAAAUCUCGUUGAUUCAUACAUGCGCAUUAUCACCAAGACAAUCAAGGAUCUUGUCCCAAAAGCGAUAAUGCAUCUUGUGGUCAACCAGAUCAGCGAAUUCAUGAAAGAGGAGCUCCUCGCUCAUUUGUAUCAAUGCGGUGACACCGAUUCGCUAAUGGAGGAAUCUGCUCUUGAGGCGCAGAAGCGCGAAGAAAUGCUGCGCAUGUAUCACGCAUGCAAAGAAGCGCUGCGCAUCAUUUCGGAAGUGAACAUGAGCACACUUGGCGAUGCUCCGCCGCCACUUCCGCCAUCGGACUUCCGUCCAACGCCAUCGGGACCGUCGCCGAUUCCGCGUGCCGCUCCAGCGCCGCCCGGCCGCGCUGCUCCGAUGCCGCCACGCCCAGGACAAGGGCCACCGCCGCCGGGAAUGCGGCCACCACCAGGUGGCAUGUACCCGCCAUUGGUGCCAUCAAGAGCACCAACUCCAGCCACCAAUGGACAAGCGCCAGCGGUUCCAGCUCGUCCUCAAGUCCCAGCAAGACCAUUCUAA